CAACAGUGCUGUUUGCUAACAAGAUCACAUCCGCUCCUGUUGCUGUAUAUAAGUAAAGCUCAACAGUCAGAGCAGCACAAAACAACCUCCUCGACCAUCUGUGAGACAGUCUGCUGAAGUUGAACUUGAAGGUCCGAUCACUGUAACCAUGCUGAAGGAAGUCUUUGUGCUGGGAUGCCUCCUGAGCAUCAUUCUGGCUACUCCUGACAUGGAGCACAAACGAUUUGCUCGGUCUGACUCUAGCUCUUCAAGUUCUGAAGAGGGUACUACCACUGCCGCUACAGCUGCCACUACCACUGUCAAUGCGUUGCAGGCCUUAAUCUUACAAUUACUUCAACGAUUGGCUACUGCUACUACUACUACUGCAGCUACUACUACGACUACGACUACAGCUGCCGCUGCUAAUAAAACCGGUUAAUGACAUCAAAUUUUGGCAUCAGAUCCUGUUUUGUGUCAGUUUGUCAUGACAACUGCUUCUUUUCAAAUUAAAAUAAUGUUUUU